AUGUUUUCCUUGCGAAUUCCAAUGCAUAAUAUACCAUUGAGUGUACUGUCUACAUGUAGCCCAGCAGAACCACGCCAAUGUAACAAAUUUGUCACAAGUAUAUUAAAUUUACGAAAGAUUUACAAAAAAAAAGAAAAGUAUUCUAAUUAUAAAAAAUGGGAUGAUAUCUGCAAAGAAACUGGGUUACUCAUUUAUGAACGCUAUCCCAUGAAUACGUUCGAUGAACAUGUGUACAGUAACAUUGGUCACAAAGCUUUUCGCACAAAUUACGUUGGACAAUUAGAAAAAAACGACCAAGUCUUGUUUUGGAAAAGAUCUAAUGAGGCUAUCUGCAAUAAAGAACAAGACGGAAGUACCUAUACGGUCACGGAAGUUGGAAUGUUUACUUCUGAAGGGUUGGAAGCUAUAUGCGAAUUCUCGACCAACACAUCGGCUGGCACUUUGAAAUUCAACUAUAAAAACGACGCGCAAAGUAAAUGCCUUGUUAAGAACCUUAAAAAUUGUAACCAAAGAGAUAACGUGGUCGAAAUUCGUUUGAAUAAAGACCAAAUAGCUAGUUUCAAAUGGUUUAUGCCUACCAACCAUACCCAAAAAUCGCAUGACUUACAAUUUUCAAAUGGAACGCAGACAUUUACGUACAAUUACCAUAAUUACAAAAUUGAAAACAUGGAUUUCGACGAAACAAGUUUCACCGUAAAAUGCAACAAUGAGGUUAUACUGAUCGGAAAUAACUCUCCGCGACUCGAAGAAAUUAUUCGCUAUGACGGUACUGAUUAUCACCGGAAUCCUGAAACAAUGAUGUAUCAGAAAAAUCGAAACAUGACCGACCAUAAUGAAAAGUAA